AAAACCGCCAAAAGAACCUCUACUGAACAUCAGCUGACGCUUCUGAGUGUGCGCGCUUAUCAGUUCCCUAGCCACAUUUUAGAGUCCGUUCGAUACUGUAAGCAUGAAGUCUGAUGCGACCAAGUUAGGUUGACUCUUGAUAACAUUCGAGUGUUCUGAGAUCAGUUUUCUCAACAAGUUGCAACAACAACUCUGAGGGAGAAAUUUAGCAUUAUUGUAUCAAUGCCUACGUCCGACAAGGGCCAGAGAAUCGACCCAGGACUGGCUCGCCGCAUUAUCAACAAAAGGUUAAGUUCUGAGUUUUCAGUCGAGAUUUAUUGCAGUUAUAGUCAAGCUACCGCCAACACGCCCCUUUGGCCCAGCGACCCGAAAAUUCCAUAUUAACCUCUCGAUGCACACCGAUAUAUAAUCACCGUCCCCACUCAGGCAUUUCAUCCUGAUGAUUUCACACACGACCUCGACCUCGACUCGCAAGUCACCGACCUUGGUCUCCUGUGCGCGCGCGAGCCUAGUAUAGGCCAACGAGGAUGUCACCUCGGACCCGAGCCGUGAGGUGAACCUCGGCUUCAAGGUCAAGCUUGAUACCGACCAUGAGGCCGGCGUCCUUGAGCUUGCCGUUGUCGUCAACGGGACCCUUGAGGAGGUUUCCUGCCGAAGUAUCGUAUCAGUCUUUUGUUCAUGGCCUAUAGGGAAGAGUGUGAGAGAGUAAGGUAGAGGGGAUGACCUUACCGAUGGGUCCGUUGGCGGGGCCGGAGAGACCGGGCAUGGGGAGAGAGUUACCGAAGCCGCUGUUCUGGUUGUUGGUGUUGUUGUUGUUGAUGGACUUGGUGUUGUUAGUGUUGUUGAGAGACGAGUUGGGGUUGCUGGUGCUGAGAGAGUUGUUAGGGUAGCUGCUGUUGCUCGUGCUCGAGUUGAGGGGGUUGCUGGAGCUGGUGGUAGUGGUAGACGGGUUAGAGGUGGUGGUGCUGGUCGGGGGAACCGAGUUCUUGGUUCUAAAGGGGAGGAAAAUUCAAUUGGUCGUGGGCUCAGACCUGUUGGGUGUGCUGGUCAUACUUACGGGGAAGACAUGGUUGCGGUGGUGGUUGACCGGGGACGUGGAAGGGGUAAUAGAGGCGGAGUGGAUGGACGAGGGGUUGAAGGUCGAGGGGACGAAGGUCUAGGAGACGACGGGCGGGAGGGCUGUGAGAGUGAAGAUGGCGGACGUGGCGAGGCCGGACGAUCAGGAGAGGACGGUCGUGAAGAAGACGGCGAUCCCAAACUUCGUACGUGGAUAAACUUGAGCGAUGGUCUCUGGCGAAGCUCAGGCUUUUCAGGCGGUGGCUGCUGGUCCGGCGGAAUCUUGUCGAGAGACUGCUCGGAAGGAGAUCUUUUGCGAGAGUGCCUGGAGGCCGAGUUGCUAAGAGACUGAGGAAUCUUGGUGCUGCCGAGGAAGAAGACGGCCAUGACAGCUGGGCAUCUGCUUCCUCUUUUAUCCUCUGCUCGACGGCCAUGAAGUGAGACAUUGUCGCACAAGAGUAAUAUGAAGAUUGGAGAACAUCAUCCAAUUUUCCUUUCGUCCGGACGUCGCCGUCGUACGCUGCUGUAGCACUGCUGCUGUCGCCGCUGCUUGGGGGAUUCUCGACAAGGAUGCCAUAGGAACCUGGUGGUGGAGAUUUCUGCAAUGGAGAGACAGCUCAUUGACUCUCUGCCCGACGGGAUAUUUCCCGCGCAGCUCCCAGCAAAAGAAAGCACAUCUUCGCUUUCGGGGGUGAUGCCUGCUGAUCGGUGAGCCUUUUACUCCAUGGGAAAGACUUGAGCGGAAUACAUCGGGAGCAAAGUUCUGCCAGACGCUGGCAUAAAUCCAUCCUCCGUUGGGCUGCAUUGUCACCCUUUUCCUACCUGUCGAGUACACAAUCGAGGCAUCACCUAGACGAUUGGAGAGCAAAAAUGGUAGCACAAUUUAUCGUCGCCUUCUCGGCGGUCUUCGGCAUGGCGGAAGCUAUCCGACAUACACAACAGUCAGCCAGGAGGAAAGAACAUCGCAGCCGGAAGAAUAACCUCAUUAUCCGCUGCCGCAAGUCAACUUGUCACUCCCCAGAUAUUCACGGGAAACAUGUAGUCCUCUCGGGAGACAAGCUAUUUGUCGACACCGGAACUGAUCCCGAUUCUGCAUUUGGACACCAAUUUGCGGGCUACUUCCUGCCGUACCCAGACAGCCAAUACGCCGGUCUGGUCUCAACUAUCUGCGACGAGCCGCCCAUCAUGAACUGGAUCUACGUGGAUCGUGACACGUACGAGGUCAAGUUCGGGACCCGGCCGUACGCUCAGCACAACUACACGGGCCCGUUUGAUUGCACUAGGCAAGACAAGCGACUCACAUUCGCCAGUUGGGAAGGAUUCUGCGUCGUGAAAACAGGGAACUUUUGGUCUCUCUACUUUGACGUCGAGCAGGACGGGCUAAAGUCGAAGCUCCCAGAGGGUGUGACUGCCCUCGAGGUGGAUCUCUUGCGCGUCGAGGUGCCUGUUAAGCCGGUCAAACCUGAGGAACAGCAGCAAGCUGGCGGCAAAGAGUCCGGUCAAGAGGGCAAGGAGAACGGUGGCAGUGGCAGUGACGGCAGCAACAACCAUGACAGCAGUACCAGCCCCCAAACGGGAACAAAUGAGGUGGAACUAGAGUCUCCCGAGGUUGACUGAUGUGUGAAGAUGCUAGGGGGCGAGAGUAGCAAGGGGAGGCUGUUCAUUGCUUUGAGGGAAUCUUACUAAGUAGAACAACCAACGUGUUCAGGACAGCUUCAUGAACGGAGAAACAAUUUCAUACCUUUAAUCCCAGCUAUUGCCUUGCCGAGUAUGAAAAGUGUGGUCCAUCGGACGAUUCCCGCUCCCAUUUCGCAAGGAUCCAUGUAUCACAUCUUUUCCAUGGCGA